AUGGCCGCCCGCAUAGCUGGUGCGGGUGAGGGAAGAGGUGAAGCGACGCAGAACGAGCUUCUCAGAGAGGACGCCAUUCGUCCAUUGCGCGAGGCUGUCGAAGGCCACGCAUUACGGAGAGCUAUUGAAUUGCCUCCGCCUGCGGCCUCCCACCACUACGACAGACAGAAUUUUCGGUUACGAGGAGCACCCUUGGUCGUCCCGCUCCAAUCGACCCCAGACCGAGAUCUGCGUUUCUUCCCCAUCGUGAAGGCAGCAUCGCUAUUCAAUUAG